AGGACAGAUUUGUUUCUGGUGGAUUUGGGUGAUGUUUUUAGUGUAAAGCAGGCAAAAUGCCUACUACUGAGUGUAGGGAAGUGCAAGUUCAGAAGGAAAAGAGAAAAAUCAGGAUUCACAGACUAGACAAAUACUUGUUCUCUUUAAGAAUCUAUGACUGUUUGUUUAUAUUAUUUUAAGGAUCUUAAUUAGCAACACUAUCUUCUAGUUUUGGUUUUAAGGGGAAAGUAGCCCUAAAGUAAACAACUGUAAGGGGUAGAGAGAGGAAGGACACAGGCCCAGAGGUAUCUGUGUGCACCUUGCUGGGGGAGCUGAGAUGAGCUCACCUCAGAAGGAUGUGGACACUUGGUUCCCUGAGCUUAUCCCAGCACAAUGGGGACUGGUCCUAUUGCUAGGAGAGGACAGCAGAUGGUGGCAGAGAUAGACACUAAUCUAUGGACUCUGGGGGAGGAAAUAGGUCGUUAGAGGCAUGCAGGACAAAGGUAGACAACUGGUAAAACCCAGGUGGUGCACUGAUAUUAACCCCUGUCUGGGCCAUGGCUCCCACACUCAGGAAACAGACCUUGUGGGUGAGGACACACUGUCCCUCCUGCCAAGUUAAUAACUUCCUCCCCUAGUCAGGAUCCUGUCCCAGGCAGGAAUAUAGCUCCUGCUCAGGCUGCCUGUCAAAACCACCCUGCAGCUCCGGAUUAAGGAUCAUGGUCAUGGGAAUGCAGGGUUUCAGGGUAUCCCUCAGGAACUGCUCUUCUCACCAGAAUUACAUAACAGAAGCCUGUGUGCUUGUAGGUGUGCUGGUCAUGGUGGGCUUCACAUUGGGAAAGGUUCCUGCUCCUGAAGUCCGGACCUGUCACUUCUGCCUCUUAGAAGACCCUGCUGUUGGAUGCAUUUCAGGCUCGGAGAAGUGCACCAUUAGCAGUUCCUCCCCAUGCAUGGUGAUUUCCAUCUAUUAUGAUAUCAAGGUUCGCUUCACCAUCCGAGGCUGUGGACAGCACAAUUCCUACCGCUGCCAAGAAAAACGUAACACCUACUUCUCAGAGUACUGGUAUCAGGCCCAGUGCUGCCAGUACGAUUACUGCAACUCCUGGUCCAGCCCCCAGCUCCAAAGCUUCCUGCCUGGGCCCUCUGACAAGUCUCUGACCUUGCCUCUGUCUGACUCCCAGAUCCAACGGUUCUACCAGGCCCUCAACCUCUCACUGCCCCUCCCCAGCUUCCAUGCUGGGAAGGAGCCUGAAGACCUGGAUCCCCUGGCCACCCUGCCCCUGAACUUGGGCUUGUCCAUUGCUGCCCUGCGCCACAUGUACUUGUUCCUCAACAGUUCAGGACUUUUGGUUCUUCCCCAGGCUGGACUCUGACACCUUACUCUUUCCAGAUUGCACUCUAUUCUAGCAUCUCUCCCUAACACCCCAGCAUCCUGCACUUCCCUUUCUGAGAACACCCACAUUCUUAGGUCACCAUGAUUGCUUAGGCCUCCCUCCUCUGUGCUCCAGCAUCUCUAUGGCUUUGGUUUAAUUUCCUUCCCUGAACCCUGGUGCUGUUCCUCCUAGAAAAGAAUCUCAAGUGUGGAUUCUCCUCUGGUCUCCUGCCACAUCUGUUUAGAUCUACCUCUUAAGAUCUGGUACCAGACUGAACUUGCAGCAAGAAAGAUGAGGAGUAGACUUUUCUGCAUAUUUCCUGAGUUGGCAGCCUGGUGUCCCUGCCUCACUGUCUCUACCAUCUCCUCCCCUGGCCUGGUCUCCUGCGUGUGUCCUCUCUUAUGACAGUCUCUGGCCUCAGCCCCACCCAUUUCACCUCACUGCAUCCUGACACCCACCUCCAUAGGGGUCUGGUGAGAGGAGACGGGAGGGGGUCUGUCCUGCUCUGCUCCACAUCCCCUGUUUUCCUCCACAAUAAACUGGGACUGGGCUAAA